AUGAACAAAUUUCGAUCCUCAGCCGCGUUGGGCUCUGAAAGCGGGGCCGCCAGAGACGGCCGUUUCUCCAAGUCUGUUCGUGAAUGGAUCGUUCUUGGGCUCGUUGUCGGGAGCUUAGUUUGGUUCUCGCCAUUCUCGAAGUGCCACAGUAAUAGCCCUUUGAGCUGCUUCAAGACACAAAUCCCUGAUUCUCCGUAUGGAAAGUUUCCGAAGCCCCACGAUCCGUUUCGAUUUCAACCCUGUACACCAAGAACAACACCGCCGCCGUUGGACGAUGUUGAAUUCGAAAAGAGCUGGUUUGGUUUGUUUGACCCCAACCCUGCUCAUUGGAGCUGGGGGUUGACUGUUGGAAAUAGCAGCGAUGGGCGGAAAGAGGACCCAUACGCCGGUCGUGGCAUAUUUAUGUGUGGAUUUUUGGAUGUCCCACUGGACUACACCAAUAAGUCCAACAACCGCAUUGCCCGUCUUGCUGUCACCAAGUUCCAAGUUUCGGGACUUGCCAGGAUCAGUUCAACAUAUACCGCCUUGGACGAUCAGGUCGGCCGAAAGAGUGAAAGAACCAUCAUCAUCGAGCCUGGGGGACCGGGAGGAAGUGGGACGAGCUAUGCAUGGCGCGCAGGGCAAAAUAUAACCGAGAGACUUAGCGAUGGCAAGUUUGACAUUUUGGGUUGGGAUCCCCGGGGUGUCAACAUGUCUCAACCCGCUGUGGCCUGUUUCCCUCACGAUGCAGACCGGGACCACUGGGAGUUGUUGGUAUCGAAACACCGAUCCGUGUCGGCUUCUCAUCGGGAUCAAGUUGAACUUGUUGACGCAAUGAACGCUGCUGUCAUGAGAGCAUGCUGGGAGCGCCACGGAGACCUGGGUCGGUUCGUCUCCACGGCCUUUGUUGCAAGAGAUCUUGAACAGAUUCGAGCGGCACUUGGUGAAAACGAAGUCACGGGAAAUUUUGUGAGCUAUGGGACAGGUAUUGCGCAAACCUAUGUGUCCAUGUUUCCCAACCGUUCCGGCCGCAUGAUCCUCGAUGGCACCGAAUAUGUCAAAGACCAUCGUCUACGUGGAGGUUUUGGCUGGGCAGCGUUGGACAAUGCAACAGAUGCCUGGCGGGACGGUUUUCUGGGUGAGUGUGUCAACGCUGGGUCGAGAUAUUGCGCUCUGGCAAAGUCAAGGAACGGCAAACCUGUCACCCUUGAUGGCCUCCAAAGCCGGUUGGAAACCCUUCUUUCAUCACUCCUCGACCGGCCAGCCUCCGCUUACAUCCCAACAAGCGGCCCUGUUGUUGUCACAUAUUCGGCUCUGGUAAACACAAUAUACGGCGCCAUGUAUAACGCACAAAGUUGGCCAGCGCUCGCCGAAGCUCUUUUGGGCCUCGAGGAAGGCAACGCCACACUUGCAGCCACUCUGAUUGACAAGACCUCCUGGUAUUUCAACCCCGAAAAGCCUUGUCUCGCCAGUCCUGAGCCUCCUUCUACAGAAGAGCUUGGGACUUUGGUGAUUUGCAGUGAUUCAUUCGACGCUACGGAGCCCGAUGACCUUGAGUGGUGGCUCUCGCUUUGGGGCAAUAUGACCACCAAAAACUGGAUCGCGGGAAAUAGCCGGUUCUACAACGUGCUUCCCUGCCGUCACUUUAACACCUACUGGCCUCGUCCUGCUGAAGUCUACCGUGGCCAUCUCGGACAUAAACUGAAGCACCCAGUCCUUCUGAUUGCAGAAACCUACGAUCCGGCAACGCCUCUCCGAAAUGGGAGGAGACUCCUGCAUGAGAUGGGCUCCAAUGCUCGGAUGAUUGUUCAUCAUGGAUAUGGACACUCGUCGAGGGAUACCUCUCAGUGUACAAAUUCGAUCGCUAGAGACUUUAUCCUGCAUGGCAAGCUUCCAAACGAGGCUGAAACUCAUUGUUAUGCUGACGAGAAACCGUAUCUUUAUGGAGUUAAACAGGGCCAGAAGGUAGCAGCGACUGACAGUUUUGUCAUGGAAGAUCAUGUCGGGGCCUGGCGCAAGCAUUUGCAAGAGCUUGCUAUUUUGAACCCAACUCUUGUUUGA